AUGAAAUCGCUCACAGGAGACUCUCGGAGAAUACUGCAUCCCAUAACCCCAUACACAUUAGAUCCACACAUUCCUCACCCUUUCAUCGUUAACUCUCGACACCCCCAACACCAGGCCUUGCCGAACGCAGGUCGCGAUACGGCUUCGACAUACCGGCCCCGCAGCAGCGUCGUGCAGGCGGCUUCUUCGACCCAAUCUUCCAGCAUGGCGACCACCGACGGCGCCUCUUCGAUCACGGUCACGGUCCGCGUUCGGCCUUUUACCAUUCGCGAAGCAGCUCAGAUCACGAAAACCGAUGACGGCCCUCUGUUCCUUGGUGAUGGAUCGCUGGCAGGCGUGCCCACACCGAAGCUCAACCAGAAAGGGAUACGAUCCAUUGUCAAAGUCAUUGACGAUCGGUGUCUAGUGUUUGACCCUCCCGAGGAUAAUCCUGUCCAGAAAUUCUCCCGGUCCGUCGUUCCCCAGGGCAAGCGUGUUAAGGAUCAGACCUUUGCCUUCGAUCGUAUCUUCGACCAAAGUGCCUCGCAGGGUGAGGUGUAUGAAUCAACCACCCGUAGCCUACUCGAUAGUGUCUUGGAAGGUUACAAUGCCACGGUGUUUGCAUACGGUGCGACAGGAUGUGGAAAGACACAUACCAUCACCGGCACAGCUCAGCAACCUGGUAUUAUUUUCUUGACGAUGCAGGAGCUAUUCGAGCGGAUCGAAGAAAGAUCGGGUGAAAAAUCGACUGAGAUCUCGCUUUCGUAUCUGGAAAUCUACAACGAAACAAUUCGUGAUUUGCUUGUGCCCGGGGGAGCUAAGGGUGGCCUAAUGUUGCGUGAGGACGUCAAUCAAACAGUUUCAGUGCCCGGCCUAUCGAGUCACCACCCACAAAAUGUGCAGCAAGUCAUGGAUAUGAUUAUGCGAGGUAAUGAAUGCCGUACCAUGUCGCCAACGGAGGCCAACGCGACCUCAUCCCGAUCCCACGCUGUUCUUCAAAUCAACGUUGCGCAAAAAGACCGAAACGCCGAUGUCAACGAACCUCACACUAUGGCCACACUAAGCAUUAUCGAUCUUGCUGGUAGUGAGCGUGCCAGUGCUACAAAGAACCGAGGGGAGCGUCUACUCGAAGGUGCAAACAUCAACAAGUCCCUGCUGGCUUUAGGAAGCUGCAUCAAUGCCCUUUGCGACCCCCGGAAGCGGAACCACAUCCCCUAUCGAAACUCGAAACUCACUCGAUUACUCAAAUUCGCUCUUGGUGGAAACUGCAAAACUGUCAUGAUUGUCUGUGUUAGUCCUUCCAGCCAGCAUUUUGACGAGACACAAAAUACUUUGCGUUACGCCAACCGUGCGAAGAACAUCCAGACUAAGGUCACCCGGAACGUUUUCAAUGUCAAUCGCCAUGUUAAGGACUUCUUGGUCAAGAUUGACGAGCAGAUGAAAUUAAUCAACGAACUCAAAGCCCAGCAGAAGGACUCGGAGAAUCUGGCAUUCACCAAGUUCAAGAAGCAGACAGAGAAGAAAGACGCUGUCAUGCGCGAGGGUGUCGCUCGUAUCCGCAAUGCCUAUGACCAUUGCUUGCCGGAGCGACAGGAAAGGACCAACCACAUGCUCAAGCUCAGACAGAUCAGCCGCAGGAUCGGUAUUCUGUCUUCUUGGAUCGCAGCAUUUGACACCGCAUGUGCAUCACGCGAGGAUGGCGAAGGAAUCGCUAACCUGUAUGCCAUUCGCAAAACUGCCCAGGGUAUUCUCCUCGAAUUGGAAAGCAGCAGACACCAUUACAACCAGCGAUUGUCCAAGAGCACCUGGGAUCGAGGCUUAAACUCGGCGGUCGAGAACGCGACCAAGCAGCUCCAGGAGUUUGACAUCAGUGAUGCUAGCGACUACGCCAACUUGGAUAGAGAAGCCGAGCUUCUUAGAUCCAAUGCGGAGCGUGAGUCGCUGUCUGCAGUUGUUGAACAAGACAAAGCUGGUGAAGCUAUUGCUGUGCAGCUGCUCCUCCAAGCGCAAUUUGAAAUGAUGUCCUCUAUCGAAGAUAUCAUGCAACUGAACGCAACCGAAGCCAUCCAGAAGGGACGUGUGAUGCUCACCAAGAUGCUCGAAGACUGCUCAAACUCAGUAUCAAAUCUUGUCAAGCCUGAUGGUAGCUUACCUGCAAUUCCUCAGAGUCCUGUGAAGGUCGCCAGCCCGCCAAAGCCCAAGAAGAGAUUCAGCCUGGUGAGCAUGCCACCACCGAUGAAAACCCUCCAGCCUACGGUUCAAAUCGCCCCGGCAGCUCCUCUUUCUCCGAUCAAGGGCUCGCCGCGUCGCCGAAAGGCCGGUGUUGGUCGGAAGAACGUCACCUUUUCACCCAAAAAGACGCAAUCUAAACCCACCAAGAGAUCUGUUCGUUGGAAGGAUGAUGAGGAGGAUGCUCCUCUGACUGAGUUCCAGAAGUCGCCUCAGAAGACUGAGUCUAUAGACGGGGACAGCGGAGAAGAUCCUUUUGAGCCUACUCUGCCGCGGGGUGCAUCUCCCAUUCCGCGAAACAUUCCAAGGAUCGUUAGUCCGUCAGGGAUCGCUGCUCCUGCCGCACCAUCAGAUGAGCCGACCCUGAACAUUCAAAAGAACGCCAGCCGAUUCAAAGCUGGAUUCCUGUCCAAGAGACCCGGAAGCUCCCCCUUGGCACCCCCACCAACUGCUUCUCUCCCUCUCACCGACCGCGAAAGCUCUCCACUUCGCGACAUCGAAGGCAGCAGUUUCUUGAAUCGCGCCCCAGUUGAGCGUCCCUCCCGCAUUGCCGUUCGAAGCCCUAGCGGAAACUUUUCAAGCAGUCCUGUGCCUGACAGCAAGGACAACUGGAAGUCCGAUAAGGAAGAGGCGAUCAAGAUUAACUCCGCCAUGCGUCGCAUCUCUAGCGGCCACUUUGGCCCUUCUGCCAACGCUUUGCGGGUCCACCGUCGUCGCAGUCCCAGCUCCAACACAUAUGGCAGCUCUCCUAGCGAGGGCAACAUGUUCACCGCAUCACAGGCUCGCCGCAUGGUGAAGAGCGAGCGGGAGGUUGAGGCGAAGCCCCGGGUAUUCAGUCCGCAUACCUUACCGGUAAUGAAGAACACCGGGCGUCGGACUACACUGGGAGGAGAAAUCCGACCACGACAUGCAAGUCUUUCAAGUAGAGAUGCUUUGCGACUUACUGCUAUGGCUACGCCAUCGGUUGGUCGUCCCUCUGACUGGAGCUCCGGUGGACUGCGCUAG